AUGUCCGGCAUCUUCCGUCUCUCACAAUGGCGCCAGGAUUUUCGCCCAGGUAACUCUUUCCCUAAUAUACAUGCUCAAAUUUGGGUACGAAUUAUUGGGCUUAGCCAAGAAUACUGGCACCCACAACGUUUACUUGAAAUUGGUCGUGGAGUUGGGACUCCAUUCCAACUUGAUAAAGCCAACAAAGAACAGGCUUUUGGUUAUUUUGCUCGCAUUCUUGUCGAUGUUGAUCUUUCCGAGGACCUACCCAGUUCACUUAUGGUAGAGCGAGAAGGUCAUGAAUUUCCAGUUGAGCUUAUUUUCGAAAGCUUAUGCUCACACCGUGGUGCUCUUGGCCAUAAUGCUAGCACUUGCCAUUCUCUAAAGAAAAGCUCUGCAGUCUUUGAGCAAGUAACCAAACCAGAAUCCCAGGGCCAACAGAAAUCCAUUGCUGGACAGUAUCGUCAAUUGUAUAGACCUGAAAUGGGCAUGCCUCCACAAUCAGUUGUCGCCACUGAUAGUCCGGAGAAGUUAGCUAAUAAUGAGGCAAUGAUUGAAGAUUCUAAUGGCAUUGGCCACAGAGUGGCAACAGAGGAAGUUUCUCCUGUGCAUGAACCUAUCAUUGCUCACAGCAUUGAUCGUGUUAUGGGACAACCUAUUCUUUCUGCUAUGGAGGAUCCGACUUAUGUCAAGGAACGUGUUAAUUAUGUCACAUCAGAAGCUCCCACUUAUGUCAGCAAUUCUUUGACUUCCUCUAUACCAGGGAUUGAUCUAAUGGUUGAAGUGCCACCUCAUGAGAGGCAAUCUCGAUCUGACGAUCACAAUGCUAGUCUUCCCUACCUUCCUAGCUUCACACCAGUCGCAUCCCCAAGUUUGGGGGUUUCAUCUUCUCGGCCAUUACUACCUCCUACAGCCCAAAGGGACUUCAAUUUAGUUCAAUCUUGGAUGUCUGGGACUGAGUUCAAUAAUGAAUUUAACUUGGAGCAAUUGGGAGAUAAUAAAAUCCUCUCUCGUUCACAUAGGAAAUGUUUAAGGAAGAAGAUACGAGAGCAGUUGCUCAGGAAUCCAAACCCCUCUAUUGAUGGGGUCCCUUCACAUACUUCUCAAUGA